UCGCCGAGUCAGUUAGCCAUCGUCCGCUGUCCGUGACAGGUGUGUGCAGCUUUCGAAUCCCGAUUGACCGCCAAAACCAAUCGACGAAUCUGACGAAUUACGACGUCGACGACUCUGUGCGUGCUUUGCAAUAUCCGCUGAUCAUUGUGCGCUUGAUGCUGCGAAAGCGCUGUCCUCGUGUGUAGCGAUUGGAAGCCGUGUCGUGUAAGUUUCGGAGCGCUGUGUGUGCAAGAAGAAAACCAGUUCAGCUGUUUGUUGCGACGCGCGUGCCACCAAACCGUCCGAAGGAGUUUCACUUCCCUGGUUUCUGGUGUGUGACGUGUUGGACACCUAUAUGUGUAUCGGGGAGCUAUCUGUAGCCUGUAGAGUGCGCGAAACAAGCUGACCAAACGAACGAACGGUGGAAGAGAUUGUUCGACAAUUGCAUUCCACGGUCGACGAAGGGGGGGAUUUUUUUAUCCCAUAUCUGAAUGUAAACGAUUGGAGAAAUUUGAGAAUAUUGGCAAGUUGGGCGCCGGAUUUUCUGUUUCGGGGGUCCGCGUGAAGUGAAAGGUGAAGAAGAAUCACGAAUCCGGCAGACAUGGCCCACAUUUGAAACGACGAGAUGUUUUGUUUGUGUUAAACUAACGGGAAGUUUGUGAAGAAUCGUUUUCCGGAUUUCGGUUGAUCACAUGUGCGAAGUUAAGCCUGAAAGAAGAACGAACAAGCGGGAACGGAGUUGACGAGUGCCUCUUGGAGAACACACUUCUACCAGAAAGUGGAUCAGAGCAAAUUUGAAUUCCAACUACGUGGUGGCCCUUUCCAGAGGGUUGAGAGGUCACACACUGACCACCCUUCGGGAAGCGAAACUGGACGGAGAUUGAAUUUCGAAGCAAUUAAAUAAAUUGCUAUCGAAAUCCAAUCAAAGCCGGUGGUGCUGGCGGUGGCCAGUCUAACGAAGUUCGAUUUUAAAUUUGCUUUCAUUUCCUUGCCCUUCGUAUUGCCAUAAGCUUCGGAAGCAAGCCAAUUCGGUGUGACACACUCCGGACCGGAUCAAAAACAACCAGAGACGAACACCAUCAGAGCGAAUGCGAAGAAGAAGACUAGGUACAAUUGAUUCCAAAUCCAAUUUUGCCUUCGGUGAUUAAAAUUUCAGCUGGCAGACGAACCAAGCCUUAUAACAGGGCUUCCGGUUUUGCUCUCCCUCCCAUCACUAUAGGCUGACGAUGGAGCUUCUAAUCAAAGACUGGCAAUAAUCGUGGCAAACAUCGACCCGAUUGAUAGAUGCAAAUCAGUUUCUGGUAGAAGAGUGUGAUUCCAUUUGGCGGUGCGCACCUGUACAAGGCGGAGCACAUUGUUGGUCGUCGUCGCGUCGUGUCGUUCGUUCGUUUAUUCGCUCGCGUGUUCAAACCCAAUCUCUGAAGUUGCGUUUUUCGAAAAAGAGGCAGUGUGUGAAAAUCCGUUCCAUCCGUUGUGUGAAAUUUUUCAGAUUGGAAGUCGCUUCCAGUCAGCAGUCUGUGAUCAGAAGAAGAAAAAAAAGUGAUAUAGAAGCUCAACCGAAACCGAGAAGAGCAAGAGCAGUGAAUGAUUUGAAUAUUCAAAUUCAAUGUUUGCAUUUUGCCGUCUUUGCAACGCCUGAUCAAAGAAAGUGAAAAUAACAGACGUCGAGCAUCAUCAUCAUUUGGAAUCACCCGCGCUUCGCUCUGAAAAGUGAAAACAACGCCAACAGAAUUCCAACCAUGAAUCGACUCCGAGUGUUCAACUUUAUGCUGUUUGCAUUCUGCUUUUUAUGCACAAUCAGGCCGUUAGAAAGUACCUGUGUGUUAGAUUCCGACUUUGGGUUCAUACUAAACUGUGCGUUCAAAAAGUCCGGCCUGUUUCGAGUGCGGAACCUCGGGGGCGUCAAAGCUCACUUCGGGUUAGGUUUCAGCGUCGGUGAUGAGCUGGGCUUGGCCGAAUCGCUUGGCAAUGUCGAGGCCAACAAACGUCGAGCGCUGAACGUCCGGACCGGUGCCGGUGUCAACAACAUUGGGGUGCUGCCCGCUUCCAAACAGCCGGUAUCAUAUUCCCCGGUGUUCCAGCAGAGCCUACCCAAAGCCAUAACUAGUCGACCAAUGCUCAAGCUGGCAUCGCCCACCAGCACCUUCAUCGGUCCGCAAAGACCCACAACCGGAACUCCCCUCUAUGUAUCCCCUGCCACAACCCAAAUGACCAAAGCCACAUUUCUCCCCCUGGGCGUUCCCGCCUUCAAACCCCUCCCGAAGAGUGACACCGAAGCGGUGAGAUACGAUCCCGUCGCGGCCCAGCGCAACUUCUCCCUCAAAACCCCUCAAACCCCUGAUCUUUCCUUCCAGAAUCAACUCAUGAACCAAACCUCCUCCUUCCAUCGCCCCUCCCGAAUAACCGCUGCCGCAGCUCCCAAUCAGCACAUUGUCUACAAAGACAACACCAUUCACGUUCAGAAAGUCCCCGCCUUCCACGCAAUGCCCGAAUCCGUAUCCCGUAUCUCCACCGGUCCAGUGAUCCAGGUGGACAACAAACUGUCCGAACCUACCAUCAAGAACUCCAUUGUGACCGUUCCUUCACGCAGCGAUGUCUCCAAGGGAAGCACAGUCGUCGAUGGGGUUGACCUGAUGGGCCACACUGUCGAAGAACUGGCCGCUGCGGCCAACGUCAGCGUUGAAGUCAUCAAGGAAGCUAUCCGCGUCCGCAAACAGGAACUCCUCGCCCAACAGCAGUACCAGAAGCAACAGGCCGCCAUCGUGCAAGCUCAGAUCCUGGCAGCACAACACGCAACAUCUACGACGACCACAACGACAACCACGACUACUCCUCGGCCGCGCCGUUAUCCGACUCAUAAUGGACAUAAGGUCAUGAACGCACCCAAGGAGUACUACCCGGUUGGAUACGACAAGAACUUCGAUGACAACUUCACUUCCAAGGUCGAUCUGCCGUACACGACGUUCAACUGUGGCGAGCAGAAGCACUUCCCCGGAUUGUACGGCGACGAAGACCUGGGCUGUAUGGUCUUCCACGUGUGCGCUCUGACCGACGACGGACUGAUCAUGAAGUCGUUCCUCUGCCCGGAGAGCACCCUCUUCGACCAGACGAUCCUCAAGUGUAACUGGUGGUUCUACGUCGACUGCAAGAACAGCAAGGGCCUGUACGACUCGAACCUGCCAGUGUCCAAGAGCUACCAACUGAUGAAGGCACUGUCCUUCUUCUCAUCCAACUACAAAAACCCCCAGAACGUGGACGGCGUCGACGUGGAAGCGCUGAAGAAUAGCGUCUCCGGACAAAAUAGCACUUUGCCAGCGACGGUGACGGGCCGAUCUUCCAAGUCCGCUCCCGAAUCCAAGGUGGAAAUUAGCAGCAAAUCAACCUCGACGGUACAAUCCUCCGCCAACGUAACCACCAAGGCGUAGACUAUUUACCUUUAAGGCUCUAGCGUUACGAACAGAAGUAAGAAGAAUGAAUGGUUUUUAAGUUUUCCCCCUUUUCGGUUGUACUCUCGAGUUGUGGGGCUGAAACCGAAGGGAACUGGUGAGCAAGGCUGAAUGCUCCACUUGGAGAAACUUUAUUUAUUAAAAUAUGAUCGCUUGAGGAGAAAAACAAAAUCAUUCCCUCGCCAUUUCUCUCCCUCGCCAAUGAAAAGCCAACGAGUGACAUUCUUUGCCUUAUUUCUAACAAAAAAAAAUAACUUCAUUUAGAGGACUAAGACAUCAGUGUGGGACUAACGGGGGGAUCGACGAAGUCAUAUCUUUUAAAAACAGAUACAAAAGAAGAGUAGUUUCUAAAUCUAA